CUCAUGAUUUAUCUGUUGCUUUGAAGGAAAAGCAAAUAGAAUGUUUCGACUUCUUGGUUUACUAUGGAUUUUUUCAAACAUUACGCUUGUUUGUUGCAAGGAAAGAAAGAUAAAAGCAGAAAAGAUUGGAAAGAAAAUUUCAGAUUAUAAUGACGUUGAUGUGGAAAAACUGCUUGAUCAGUGGAAUGAAAAUGAUGAAGAUGAUGAUGGCGAAGAUGAUGAUGACCCGAGGUUAAAAGAACCACCAAAGGUCAAUAUGGAAGAAAUCUUUAAAGCUGGCGGCAAUCAAGAAGACUUGUUGAAAGCGUCGAAAAAAGGAAAGCCAAUGAUGAUAUUUGCAAACGUUGCUGGAAACCCGACAAAACAAGAAACUGAAACAAUAUCUGGAAUUUGGCAGACGAGCCUCAGGAAUGCGCAAAUACAAGUGCAAAGAUAUGUGGUGUCUGACAAACGAAUUUUAUUUCAACUGGAUGAUGGUAGCAAAGCUAUUGAAAUCAAAGACUAUUUAGUUUCGUUAGAUACUUGCGAGAGUGUAUCGUUUGAUAAUUUGAACUUCGACGGGAAAGGGAAAGGUAAAACGAAGGUCGAACUGUAGGUAGUAAAAUCAUAAUUUUUUUUGUGGAUUGUACAUAAUUUUUUAACGGUUUGAACAUUUUAUUGUGUGCUUUCGAUCUCGAUGUGUAAACGCGACUUUAUGUACUUUUCAACAAAAUUAAAACUCACAAGACAAAGCAGUGUUGUUUUCGCCAAAAAAUGGCUUUUUUUAAAAAGUUGUCUUGGUGAGUUUAUAUUCAGGUUAUGUACACUGGCUUGUGACAAAUAAGGUUGUCAUGAAAUGCUGUUAUAAAAUAGGUUUCUUUUCAGUUUUUUGAUUAGUCUUCAAAGAAUUAUGUUCUCGUGUACGUCCACUGCUUUUAUUUGAUUUCGUGUUGUUGUUGUUGUUGUUUUUAUAAGGUAAAUGGAAAAUGAAAGGUUGCUAAUAUUCGUUGUCAUUUUUAUUACGCGUUAAUUCUUUACUUUUCUCUACGAGUUUUGGGUGCUGAGUUUCAUUGUCAUUAUUUAUACGUUUAUAUUUAUCCGUAUUUUUUAUAUCUCUUGUACGUAAUCACAUUUCCGUACACUGUAGAACAUAUCACUAAGCAAAAUAAUGAAAUUUUGUUUUUUAAAUAUUUUGGUAGAUUUGUGGUCCACAGAAUACACUGAAAGUAGUACGAUUUCUAAAA